AUGGACAUAUCGGCCAAAAUGUCAGACCAAAUACAGGAGAGACUAUGUUUGGUGUGCGGAGAAAUAGCCAGUGGGUAUCAUUACGAAGUACUGACGUGUGAGUCGUGUAAGUCAUUCUUUAGAAGAAAUGCACUCAAAAAUGCGGCAAAAUUCUACUGUGUUUUUAAUGGCAGAUGUAAUAUGAGUGGCGGUAAUAGAAAUACAUGUAAAAAGUGUCGUUUGAAUAAGUGUUUGGUCGUCGGAAUGAGAACCUCUUUGAUUUAUUCGGAUAAACAAAUCCAAAUCCGAAGACAUAUUGUGGCAGAAAAUCGUAUAAUAAGGCAAACAAUGGCCAAAAAGGCUGACUCUGAGCCAAACACAAGCACUUCAUCGGAUUCAACCAGAAAUGAGACAAUUGUUUUGUCAGAAUCACAGAAUUUAAUAGAAAAUACGGUAACCAAUGGUGAGAGCACAGAAUCCAGUGGCGAUUCACAACCUAAUACCAAUACAAAUUGUGGUCAAAAUAGCGAUAGUACUGAGCUAUCUGUGGUGCCAAUCGCGCGGCCCAUCACUGCUUACAAAAUUACUUUCAAUGAAUUAGAAGGCAAUCAAUUGAGCGAAUUAUUUGAUGCGUUAAAAUGUAUGGAAAUAUCAGUAUUUACUACAGACGUUACGGACCCCAAAGACACCCAAGAGAUGUGGUCUUUAGUAAUGGCCCAAAACGAAGGGGCGGUUAAACUGAUUGUGCAAAUGUCUAAAUCAUUGCACCGAUUCAAUAGCCUGUGCGACCAUGAUCAGAUCAUUUUGCUUAAAUACUCGGCCAUUGAAAUUGACGCCAUGAGAAUGAUCAUGAAAUUCAAUUUUGAGACCCAGUGUUUUGCCAACGUAUAUCAUCUGCAUAUCGAUAUUAUUAAGCUAAUGACACAGUUUUCCGAAGACAUCUAUUUGUUAGAUAAGUUAUAUCUGGAAAAUAUGGGACUCGACUGGGAAUCGGAUCCAAUGAUCAUUGAUUUGUGCACAACUGUGCCGUAUCAUGGCUAUCAUUUUGAUGCAAUCACUUGCGAGAGCUGCAAAUCAUUCUUCAGGAGAAGUGCUUUGAUUCCCGACCAUUUCCGGUGCUAUUUGGGUAAUGCCUGCAAAAUAGACAUCGAUAACCGAAAGCACUGCAAAAAGUGUCGUUUAAACAAAUGCUUUUCCGUCGGUAUGAAAACCGAUCUGAUCUAUUCGUGUAAACAUCGAGAGAAGAGCGCAUCCAUUGUUAAACAGCCAAACAGUCGACAAAAACGCAAACGUAAGGCCAGGGGAGCCGAAGAAGAGACCAACUCUGGCUCCGAUUCACCGCCAGAACCGACCGCUUCAGCCAUCGAUACUGACGUCUCAUUUAAUGAUAUGCUUCACGACAACGACUUGGAGGACGAAGUGAUCAAUGAGUUGCUGACAGACGCCAAGGACUUGAUCGAUGACACAGACCUCCAGAUCGAGACCGAAGAGCCCGCCAUGAGUUUAAUGCCGGCCGUCUUCAGGCCUAUCACUGAUUACAACAGCGGUUUCAAUGAAUUGGAGGGCAAAGUGUUCGGCGAAUUGAUUGAUGGCUUAAAGUGUAUACAAAUCGAGACCAAAGGAGUGGGCGAACCCAUGUAUAUGGAUAUCAAGGGAGCCCUCGAUGUCUUUAAAAUAGAUCACGAGUUACGGAUCCGCGAUAUCAUCGCAAUGUCUAAGUGUAUCACUGGAUUCAAUGGACUCGUGGAGAGCGAUCGGUUGACACUAAUUAAAUACUCGGCUCUAGAGAUCAUUAAUUUACGUAUGAUUUCGUGUUUUAACUUCGAGGAAGGCUUUUGGGACAUUAUUUUGAACAAUACCACAUAUCGCGUAACGUUGGAGUUGUUUAAGAGGGAGGGAAGGUUAGAGUCCGUCGGUUGCGGUACUUAUGACUAUCACAGAAGUUUCCUACAAAACAUGGGACUCGACUGGGAAUCCGAUCCACUUAUUAUUGACUUUCUAACGGCCAUUCUAUUAUUUAACCCGAAUCGACCCAAUCUAUUAAACAAAUCUAUGGUCAAACAUCAGCAGAAUAUUUACAUGCAUUUAUUGUCACGAUAUCUGCGAAUGAAAUGUCGGUCCGAAUUUUUAGCGAGUGCUAAACUCUUGAGACUAAUCGAUAGCCUCAAGUAUCUGAACGUGUUAAACACGAGGAUCGCUUACCAUGCUCAUACUAAAAAACUCAACGGUUUGAAUCCAAGAUUUCCACUGUUUAGAGAGAUAUGCGAUAGAAGUGAGAUUGAUAUUGUGGCCAAUUUGCAUCAAGGUGAAUCGCCACUACAGGCCAUACAAUCGAUCGAGAUGCCGGUGCCGUGUCCGCUAUUUCACCGCCAUUGUCCGCACCGGGAAUUGCAAUCGUUGCAGCAAAUUUUCUGAUGCUUACCAGGGUCACUAAUAGUGGACCCUGCUCAGUUGGCCGAGUAUGUGUUAAGUUAUAGACUUAACAUGUGUUUGUUUAGUAUUGUUUAUUUGGGAUUUAAUUAUAUAAUUAAUUGUAAGGGUUUACUCGAGUAUUUUAGCAUAUACAAUAAUAUUAUGGUAAAAUUGCUAUACAGGGUGUCCAGAGCGC